AUGAAGCCCCGGGGGGCGAGCGUCAUGCACGCCUUUACUGCCCUGACUAUGCUGACGAUGGCCAACGCACAAACAACCUGCAACCAAGGAAUGGGACGAGUAAUGUACGAGAGAUUACCAAAUCAGCAACUGCACGGCUUUGACGACGAUGUGAUACGCGAAACAGCACCUCCGUUUCGGGUUUUAGAAAAAUGUCAGGAUCUUUGUCUACGGGACCGUUCCGGGAACAGUUUGGUCAGGACUUGCAACUCAAUAGACUUCCAGCCUGGAGCGCGUAUUGCAGCGUUUAGCCCUGAACCGGAAUACGAGGAGUCGACGUGCUAUUUGACCAGGGAACAGGCCGCUCCGGAGGGCAUUGGCACUCUCAUGAUCGUGCCAAACAGUGUGCAUUUCAAUGAAAUUUGUCUGACGUCCAAUCGUCCGGAACGGGAAUGUCCAUCCCGUCGCUAUGUUUUUGAACGUCAUGCUCGGAAGCGCUUGAAGCUUCCACCAUCUGAUCUCAAAGAAAUCAUGGUUGCCAAUAGAACAGAGUGCGAGGAUAAGUGUUUGGGUGAAUUCAGUUUUGUAUGCCGAUCAGCGACAUACGAUUCCGCUUUACGAACGUGUUCUCUGAGCCGAUUUACUAGAAGAACUCAUCCGGAACUUUUGGAGGACGACCACAAUGCUGAUUAUUUGGAAAACACUUGUCUAAACGCCGAACGUCGUUGCGACGGUUUGGCUGUGUUUAUAAAAGAAGAAAAUAAAAGACUCGGAGGUCCAUUUGAAGCUGAUGUCUUUUCAAAUAUGACGUUGGACGAAUGCCAAUCUAUGUGCGUUCGUGCUGAGAAAUAUUUCUGUCGAUCCAUUGAACACGACGCUAUGACAAAGCAAUGCGUUCUCUCCGAAGAAGAUUCAGUUUCUCAAAAAGACGACGUGACUGUAAGCGCAUCACCUACACACCAUUUCUACGAUCUCGUUUGUUUAGAUAAUCCUCGCGGGACCGAGUACCCUGACAACAGCGUGACGUCGCACUUGUUCUCGCCCGGAAGACGACCGGACACCGCCUUCCAGAGGUACCGGAACAGCCGGAUCACCGGCGAGUUUCACUCCGAGAUCACCGGACGCUCCCUAAGCGAAUGCUUGGACGAAUGUCUGAGGCAAACCAGUUUCCAAUGCAGGUCUGCAGUGUAUAGUGAUCGCGCAAGGACAUGCAGACUCAGCAGGUACAACCAGAAGGACGGCAUGCGACUUCUGUAUGACCCAGACUUCGAUUACUACGAAAAUCUUAUGCAUCAGCUAGUAAGUGGAGAAAACGAGGCAGGGGGCUCGACAGGAGGAACAAAAUCGACUUGGGGGUCUAAUUCAUCAGGUGGUAGUAAAGGAGGCGAUCGGGAUAGAUACCCGCCCGACGUGGAUCGUUAUCCAGAUGACGACCGGUACUAUGAAGACGAUCGUUACCCUGCACGGCCCGACCGGUACCCAGAUGACCGGUAUCCGGUCGGCCCUGAACCUUACCCUGAUAGAUAUCCCGGGGAUCGUGACCGGUAUCCAGCAGACAGAUAUCCGGACGAUAGAUACCCACCUGGCGUGGGACCAGAUCGAUUCCCAAUUGACCGCUACCCUCCACCGAUCGACCGGUAUCCACCAGGAGUAGACAAUAGAUUCCCAGCGUACCAAGGUGGCAGAUUUCCAGUGGGAGACCGAUACCCAGUUGACGGAGGACGGUUUCCUUACGACCCACCAAACGACAUCGGCAGUAGAUAUCCGACGUCAGAUCGGUACCCUGUCAGUAGAUACCCUAUUGAUGUUUACCCUGACAGAUACCCCGCAGACCGAUACCCAGCUGACAGGUAUCCGGUUUCAGACAGAAGGCCGAUUAGACCCUGGUCUAGUAGAUAUCCUGACAGAUACGAUCAGGACCGGUACUCUGGUUCUGGUGAUUGGGGACGGUAUCCGUUCAGUCAAUACCCUGUUGGUGUCAAUCGAGAUCCUGUACCUUUGGGUGGUGACCGUUAUCCCGAUAUGUAUGAUAAAUAUCCGCCGACCGGAUCAUCAUAUCCUGGCUAUGGACGGGGGGGUUACUAUGGGCAGGACUACCCAGCUGGGGACAGAUUCCCUGCUGGAGACCGGUAUCCAGAUAGAGGAGUUCGUCCUGGAACAGACAGAUACCCUGUAGAACCAAGGCCUCCAUUUGGAUCAAGAAGGCCUGUUGAAAGACCAGGUGGUUAUCGUGGAGGUUAUCCACCACCGGGAAUAGAUAGACCCUUAGGAGGAGGCGGUUAUGGUGGUUAUGAACCAGAUGGACCAAUAGGUCCUGUUGGAAUACCAGUAAAUGCUCCAGUUGGUGGUGGUGGAGGGGUUAUUAGUGGUCAUAUCGGAGGACCAAUUGGAGGACCAAUAGGAGGUCCCAUCGGUGGCCCUAUUGGUGGACCGAUUGGUGGUCCAAUAGGCGGUCCAAUUGGUGGCAGACCUCCUAUUGGCCAAAGACCAUGGCAAGGCUCUAGAUGUGAAGAUGAUAGCUUUAGACAAGUUGGUAGGCAACGCAUGCAACGCCGAUUUGUACGCCGUUUCACAACUGCUCAAUCUUUGGCACAUUGCCAAAGAGAGUGUAUUGAAGCUCGCGAUUUCAUUUGUCGGUCAUUCAACUACAGGGAAGUAGGUUACGGAGCGGAACCACGUGACAAUUGUGAACUUAGCGACCGGGAUACACGAGAACUCGAUGCAGCAAAUCCAGCUCAUUUUGAUAACACAGCAAAUGAGUACGAUUUUUACGAAAGGGCACUUGGACGGAGCGCUGACGAUUGCUUAGAUGUGUCGCAAGUUUGUAAUGAGGAUGGAAUGGAGUUCACUCUUCGAUUACCCGAAGGUUUCUAUGGACGCAUGUACACUUAUGGUUUCUACGACAGAUGUUUCUUCCGUGGUAACGGUGGUGUUUCCAAUGUAUUGAGGAUUACUGGAGCUCAUGGAUAUCCUGAAUGUGGUACCCAGCGGUACGGUGAUACGAUGACGAACAUUGUCGUCGUGCAAUUUAGUGAUAAUGUUCAGACAUCCAGAGAUAAACGGUUCAAUUUGACUUGCUUAUUCAGAGGACCCGCUGAGGCUGUUGUCACUUCCAAUUACAUUGGAGCUGGGUCUGGAAGUCCUAUACCAAUAGAGUAUUUGCCAGAGGAAAGUUCACUGAACUCAAAGGUCAGGCUGCUAAUCUUGUAUCAAGGCAGACCGACAACGACAAUCGCCGUGGGAGAUCCGUUGACAUUUAGACUUGAAGCACAGGAUGGAUAUAAUUAUGCCACGGAUAUAUUUGCAACGAAUGUGAUCGCCAGAGAUCCUUAUUCGGGACGAUCAGUACAGCUCAUUGAUAGAGUAGGAUGCCCUGUCGAUCCGGACGUUUUCCCAGAAUUAGAUAAAGGACGCAACGGAGACUCGCUAGAAGCUAGAUUUAAUGCAUUUAAGAUUCCUGAAUCUAACUUCUUGGUAUUUGAAGCUACUGUUAGAACAUGUAGAGAUGGAUGCCAACCCGCUUAUUGCCCAAGCCACACCGGCCGAUCUGAGCCAUCCUUCGGCCGCCGACGGAGAGACGUCAACUCAACUAUUGAAGCUGAUAAGAACAAUACAACUGAAACUAUGAAACCUGAUGAAGAUACUAAGAAUACGACAGAUAACAAGAGCGAGGCGUCCGUAUACAAGAUAUCUUAUGAAGAAGCAACGGUUGAUAAGUAUCUGAAGAAUGAAGUUGAGACCCCCAGUCAUGUUAGGAAGAUGAUUGAGGUGUUUGACAACCGUAACGAGUUGCUGGAAGAGAACGGUCCAGCGGAUUCUUCCCCGAUAGUAGCUGCAGUCGGAGUAUGCGUGUCUCCGUAUCACUACCGAGCCCUUCUGGUCGCUCUAUGCGUUCUUCUAUCCCUACUGUUGGCAAUGUUGACCGCUGCACUGUUCAUUUACAAGCGGUAUUGGCGGGUGCUACGUAAGAACAUCGAAGUGACUUCGGCGCCCAUGCACCGAGCGGCUGCGCCCAUGCCCCGUCCUACGAGACCAUCUCUGUUCUCUGCUUCACAUCUUCACAAGCCUUUCUCGUUAAGUGGACUGGGCAGGAAUUUCUCCGAAAUAGGCGAGGAAGCGGGAUCGUCAGGACGUUUGGCGAACGCAUUCGACGAUGGCAGUGAGCCUAUUUACACUGACCCUUCGCUCUUUGAACGGUCUAGGUCCCUACGAUCGUUGCAUUCACUGGACUUGAAACCAGAUCGCUGUGAAAAUCGUGCAUGAAAACAUGAACUACAUUUCAGCAGCAUUUCGAAAUAUAACCGCGCACGAUAAUUUGUACUGAACAAAAAUCCACGUGUUAAGUAAACGAAAUAGGGUUGGUUUUUUUUGAAGAAUUAUUGCUGUCGAUAUCAUGUGGUCACAAUUCAAUUUGCCUCGAAUUAAGGCGCGUCAUAGCCAGAGACGCGUUCAAGUUUGCGUCCUGCGUGGGACCAAUCAGAAGAGUAGCUCUAAAACGCGCUUCUGGUGAUUGGUCGCACAUUAGACGCAACCUUGUAAGCUAAAGUUAGACGCCAAAGUUUAUCCGUGCCUUUACACAGAUGAUAGCGACCAUAAAUAUCUUCAUUUCAUUCAAAUUGACUAUGUGUGUAGCAAAAUCGCGCGGUAAUAUUUCUUAUGAUGGGCUAGCAUUAAUAUGUUAACUUUUAUAAUAAACUUUUACAUUCUUCACUAACUACAAUAAGUCUUAACGGCCUUAAUGUGCUCAGUUUCUAAUCCGUCCAAAGAUCUUAAUUAUUUGUAAUAAGUAAUACUUUUUAUUUAAUUUCUUAAUUCUA